UUUAUUAUUCUAUGAAAUGGUGUUUUGGUUGCAUGUAGGGUUUGGUUAACAAGUUUAUUGAUAGAAUAAUACGAGAAAUACAUUCUGCGAAAAAUAUUUGAAUGGAAAACUAUAAAUUUAUACUAUAAUGUUCCUGAAUAAUUGAAUUAAUUUUUUUUCACAAAAGACUGAUUUUUGAUAAUGGACUCAAAAAAUAAGAAUGGAAGUGUAGAUACUGAAAACUUGAACUUGGAUUUAAUGGGAGAUGAUUUGAAACUUGUAGAUGAAGUGAAUUAUGAGAGUGAUGUCUCGUCUACGAGUUCUGAAAGUUCUAGUGCUCCAAGCAUUAGUUCAGUAAGUAGUGGUUCCUCUAGGGGGCGACGCUCUAAGCACAAAAGAGAAAGAUCCAGGGACAAGAGCCCAUCACCUCCAAAUAAAAGAAUUCGAUCAAAAGAAAGCAAAGCCAAGUCAUACGAUUUUUUGACUAAAUUGAACUAUUUAUUUAGAGGUGCUCGUUUUUUUGUAAUUAAAUCGAACAAUGCAGAAAAUAUUACCUUGUCAAAAGCUAAAGGUGUAUGGUCGACUCUUCCACAGAACGAAUCCAACUUAAAUAAAGCCUUCAGGGAAUCUAGAAAUGUUUUGUUAGUAUUUUCAGUAAAGGAGAGUGGAAAAUUUGCAGGAUUUGCAAGGUUACAUGGAGAAUCUAGACAUGAUCUACCACCAAUUUCAUGGGUUCUACCACCAGGUUUAUCUGCUAAAGCAUUGGGUGGAGUAUUCAAGGUGGACUGGAUUUGUCGUAAAGAGUUACCUUUUUCUAGUACUAUGCAUUUAUAUAAUCCUUGGAAUGAUGGGAAACCUGUAAAAAUUGGCAGAGAUGGCCAAGAAAUUGAACCUAGGGUAGCUGAGGAGUUAUGUCGUUUAUUUCCUCAAGAUGAAGGAAUUGAAAUAACUCCUAUUUUGAGAUUAGCUAAGGAAUCUUCUAAAAGAUUAAAUGAUAGGAACAGGGAUGGAUACCGUCAUCCUAAGACUAGGAUGCCAAUUGCUGCUAGAAAUCCUUUUGGAUAUAGAGGAAAUAGGGCAAUGUCUCGUAGAAAAAAUUUUUUAUCUACUAGAGGACUGACUUCAUCAUCAUAUAGAAGGUCCCCAUCACCUAGGCAUAGGGAUAGGUACAAUUUAUUCAGAGAUGUCCCAAGAACAUACACAGCUGCUGCUGCAGAAGCUUUUGUUGCAGAUUACAUGAGAACCAUGCAGCAUCAGUUACCUCCAUUGCCCUAUGUUCCACCCCCUGGACUAUAUUCAAGCGCUUCAUAUGAUCCAAUUCCACCACCUCCACGAUAUUAUGAAGGACUGCCACUACCCGAUUAUAAUAUCAGCUCUAGAGUUAAUUUGUACUCUGAAGAAAGGUCCUAUGAUAGGUCUGUAGAUGAAUUUUUAUGGAGGACCAAUGAACGCUCAAGAGAAAGAGACCGUGAUAGAGAAAGGGAAAGUCGUCAGCGUUAUAGAGAUAGGAGAUAAGAUUUUGAUAAUACAUAGGAGAUGGACUAUUUUAUCAGAAUUUAUUUGCAAAUUUCGUUACAUCUUCAUUUUGUAUUAUCCUGGAUGUUCUUCGAUGUAAAAAUAUUGAUUUGUAUAAAUCUUAUCUGAUUUUUAUAGUUUAUAGGUAUAAUGAAAUAAUUUAAAAUGAUUUUCAAUUUGUAUAUUACACAUAUUUCUCAUAA